AGUCGGCCUCCACUGUGGGCAGAGGGAAAUCUUUAUUGUGUCAUAUUGUAGCGCUGCGAAGGGGAAGUGAGAGAGAAGUGUAUCUGUACAGUCUCAUUCUAACACCCCUGUUUCUCUGCCUCUGAUUCAUUUGAUAUUUGAGCAUGACAGGGAGCUGCUGAUUCUAUCACUCGCAUUGUACUGUGGGACACAAUUGGGAAUCAUCAAAUAUCUGUAAACAAACACAUUUUCAAGACACGUCUUAUUAUAGGAAGCCUUUCAAGAACAAUGAAAGGACCAGAACUGGUUGACUCAAGGAGUCGUUUUCGAUUUAUUGAAUCAUGCAUUGGCUUGAUAGGUUGUUGGUUUAUUAGCUAUGCCAUCUGGACACCUCGGUGGUUGAAUGACAGGGGUCUGUGGUCCUCUGAGAAUCAGACUAACGUGGAUGAAAGCUGGACGUCCGGAGACAUCACUAAAGCUCUUGAGGCUGAGAGAGUGUUUGCAAUGGUCGCCUUCCUCAUGUCUGUGAGCUCUGGAAUGCUGUGCCUCAUGUUCGCCCUCUGCUGGACAUCUCAAACGGUGCGGUCCUACUCUAACACUCGUUCACUGUUGAUGGCAGGCCAGGCCCUCGACCCCACCACCCUGCUACUCUUCACACUUGUGCCUACAGGAUUCUUCUUCUUUCUCAGCUGGGCUCUUUUCACCCACCAACAUAUUGGCGAGAUCCGGGAUGACAUCACUCGAUUAGGCUCGUCCUAUUGGCUGGGAGUUGUGGGCUGGGCUUUGCUAUUGGCUGUACUGCCUGUGGUCUUCCUGGCGGAGAAGUUUGUGGUGCCAGAAGUCCUCCCGGACCUAAUGAAGUCUGCCGACAUGUGGUGGAAUGCCCCCGAGGUUGCGUACGCGAGAUCGUUUAGUGAGGGUUGCAAUCGCUCAGAGCACAAGUCUCAUCAUGGCUUCAAGAGGUAUAUGUCAGUGCCCUGAAGAAGAGAAAAGGAUAGCAAAGAAAAGCACAAGAGAAGAUAUAACUGGUCUCUCUCUGGUCUCUCCAACGCUGGACCCUCCCAGCCAAAUGUAGAGAGCAAAUGUCAUGCAACAGGUGGUCAGAGACUCAUCAUGAAAAACCUACAGAGCCCUACAGGGUUAAAUUAAAGUUAUGUGCUGUGCCCCAAAAGGUGGUUUACACUUCUGAAAUGGCACUGAAAGCUCUGAGUGUCAACAGUAAUGCUACAGGGAUGUUGCAGAUGAACUCUGAAAAACUCUUUAUUUAUACCUUUUCUUAGUCAUUAUCUGCAGUUCUGAUCUUUCUAUUUAUCUAAAGUCUAACAGUGUGCACUUUGUACUGUAUAACAAUUCAUGUAUGUGGGACGUGUCACUCCCAGGUGCUAGUAAAGAAUUAGAACACUAAACUUGUUAAGAAUUUCUCUAAUGUUGCCUGUGUUUUUCCUGCAUACACAUCCCUCUACUGGUAAUUUUACAAACUGGUGCAACCUGUAUUUUUUUUUUUAUAAACCUGCAGCAAACCUGUAAAAUAAGCUUAACACUGUGCACUGGCCAGUGAACGUUUUUUAAUUAUAAUUAUU